AUGCAGAUCUUCGUCAAGACUUUGACGGGAAAGACCAUUACCCUUGAGGUCGAAUCAUCGGACACCAUCGACAAUGUCAAGUCCAAGAUUCAGGACAAGGAAGGCAUUCCUCCGGAUCAGCAGCGCCUGAUCUUCGCCGGCAAGCAGUUGGAAGAUGGUCGCACUCUGUCGGAUUAUAAUAUCCAGAAGGAGUCCACCCUUCAUCUCGUCCUCCGUCUUCGUGGCGGUAUGCAAAUCUUCGUUAAGACUCUGACCGGCAAGACCAUCACUUUAGAAGUCGAAUCUUCCGAUACCAUCGACAAUGUCAAGUCCAAAAUCCAAGACAAAGAGGGCAUUCCUCCGGACCAGCAACGUCUCAUCUUCGCCGGCAAGCAGCUUGAAGACGGCCGAACCCUGUCGGAUUACAACAUCCAAAAAGAGAGCACUCUCCAUCUCGUCCUCCGUCUCCGCGGUGGUAUGCAGAUCUUCGUGAAGACGCUCACUGGCAAGACCAUCACCUUGGAGGUGGAGUCAUCCGACACCAUCGACAAUGUGAAGAGCAAGAUCCAGGACAAAGAAGGCAUCCCGCCUGACCAGCAACGUUUGAUUUUCGCCGGCAAGCAGCUCGAGGAUGGUCGCACGCUUUCCGACUACAACAUUCAGAAAGAGUCGACGUUGCAUUUGGUUCUGCGGUUGCGUGGUGGUAUGCAGAUUUUCGUCAAGACGCUCACAGGAAAGACCAUCACGUUGGAGGUGGAGUCGUCCGACACCAUCGAUAACGUCAAGAGCAAGAUCCAGGAUAAGGAGGGCAUCCCACCGGACCAGCAGCGAUUGAUCUUCGCGGGGAAGCAGUUGGAGGAUGGGCGGACGCUUUCUGACUACAACAUUCAGAAGGAGUCGACCCUGCACUUGGUGCUGCGACUUCGUGGUGGGCAAUAG